CUGCAGAUCAGAUCAUGAUACUGAUCCUCAGUGACAAUAAGUGAUGCGGUAUAGCUGUGUCUUGUGGUGUGACAGCAAGAUGUGAUUUUGUUAUUCAAUCGUUCAAAGAAGUGCCUAAAAACCCAGUGCAUCAGAUUGGAAGCCCUAGUGAAGGUGUAAACGGUCAGUGUUAUUUUUGUGGUCGUGAUUUUGGUCCCAUAAAAUAAGCACAAUAGAACAAAUCAACCUGGAAAGCGUUGCAUGUGAUGAGUGUGUUUUGUGAUAUAUAUACGUGCAAUGUGUAUCAGCUGAUAAUGGACAUUAAUUGUGGCCAGUAGUGGGUGAUAGGGGGUUUGCAUUGAUUGCCCCUGUAUUUGAAGUGAUGUUUAUCAUUAGUCACUGGUGAUAAGAAACGACAGUGUUGGUUUUCUACAAGAAGAAGAGAAAAAUCGACUACGUGCAUUACUGAUGUGAUUGUUGCUGUAAAAUCCGUUCUGCUGUGAUUUGAAGAACAUCCUAAAAAUCUUGUGUUUACUACGCCCAGCUUAGUCAUCAUCCGCAACGUCCUUUACAACAGUGAUUCAGAAUCGGAGACAGAGCUUUUUUCUAGGUACCUAUGAUAACGACGUACCAAGACGGGGGAAAAGUCACUAACGAUAAGACGCAGAAGCGUUUGUGACCGUGGAGCAGCAACGACUGCUGUAUCGUACUCGAUCUGUGCGGGGACUCUUUUCCCAGAAGAACGGAGCCCAGCUGCCACCGUCACACAGUGAACAAGCGAGUAGCUUAGUGUUUCGGUCAUGGCCAGUCCUUCGUGUUGGCGUAUACUAACGCGCAGGAAAGUGCUCUCCUACGAUGGCAGUUCGGAGAAGCUGGGCCGGAUACUGAACACCUUCGACCUGACGGCACUCGGAGUGGGAGCUACGCUUGGUGUCGGUGUGUACGUGCUCGCAGGCCAUGUCUCGAAGGAUCAGGCAGGUCCUUCGGUUGUGCUGUCGUUUCUAAUAGCGGCUGCGGCGUCCUUUCUGGCUGGACUGUGCUACGCUGAGUUCGGAGCACGUGUGCCCAAGUCAGGAUCGGCGUACAUCUACAGCUAUGUGUGCAUCGGCGAGUUUAUGGCCUUCAUCAUCGGCUGGAAUCUGAUGUUGGAGUACAUCAUUGGAUCUGCGAGUGUAUCGCGCGGUUUGAGCCUGUACAUCGACACGCUAGCAAAUGAUACGAUGAAGACACGCUUCCUAGAAGUGGCGCCAAUUGAGUGGGAUUUCAUGUCCAACUACUUUGACUUUUUUGCCUUCUCCGUUGCGAUCUUACUAGGCAUCGCUUUAGCAUUCGGGCUCAAAAAGUCUACCAUGGUGAACAAUGCCUUCACCGUGCUAAACAUCUUUAUCGUGCUGUUCGUUAUAGUGGCCGGUGCCAUUAAGGCGGAUCCGGAAAAUUGGCGCAUAAAGCCGGAAAACGUUUCCAGUCUGUACAAUGCCGGCGAGGGAGGAUUUUUCCCGUUCGGCUUCGAGGGAACGCUCCGGGGUGCAGCUACCUGUUUCUUCGGGUUCGUUGGUUUCGACUGCAUUGCCACGACGGGUGAGGAAGUGCGAAACCCCCGAAAGGCAAUCCCCAGGGCGAUCCUUUGCUCGUUGACCAUCAUCUUUCUUGCGUACUUCGGCGUCUCAACGGUGCUGACGCUCGUUUGGCCGUACUACAAGCAGGACGUGAACGCUCCGCUACCGUUUGUUUUCAACGAAAUCGGAUGGCACUUUGCGAAAUGGAUCGUUGCAAUCGGUGGCAUCAUCGGGCUGGUGGCAAGUCUGUUCGGUGCAAUGUUCCCGCAGCCCCGCAUCAUCUACGCGAUGGCACAGGACGGGCUGAUCUUUCGGGCACUCGGUGAGGUUAGCCCACGGUUCAAGACACCGGUGUUUGGGACACUCUGUGCGGCCAUGCUCACCGGCACGAUGGGUGGUUUGUUCGAUCUGAGGGCGCUGGUUAAUAUGCUGUCAAUCGGAACGCUCAUGGCGUACACUGUGGUUGCAAUCUCGAUACUCAUUCUGAGAUUUUCCGAAUACCCCGAUCCAGCCAUUCCAUCGACAAGCACCAGAGACACGUACGAGUCGUCAAACUUGCUGAAGGCACGGGAACGCGUUACCGGUUCCGCUUUCUUCAAGCAGCUGUUCAAUCUGUCCUGCAUUCGGUUGCCAACUAACGUGUCCAGCAGUGUGGUCGGGGUACUGGUGACAUUAUACUGUCUCCUAGCAAUUGCACUUUCGCUAACGAUCUUCUACGCUAAAGACGCUAUCUACGAUAUGGAACCAUGGGCCUGGAUACUGUUCGGUGUGCUGCUGGGCCUUACACUGCUUGUGCUGCUCUUGAUCGCGAUACAACCACGUGAGCAAGCUGAUGCACCGUUCCGAGUGCCACUGGUACCACUGCUACCGGGAAUCAGUAUUUUCGUCAACAUCUAUCUGAUGCUCAUGCUGGACGUGUACACCUGGAUACGGUUUGGCAUAUGGAUGGGAAUUGGACUAGUGAUAUACUUUACGUGCGUGUGUUGCAACAUGCAUGCGGCUAAAAAUCCAGAGGUUCGCGUGUCAAAUUUCCCCACAGUAGAAACAUCGUCCGAAAUGGGCUACAGAAGAAAUGAUGUCGAUGAUGCAGAGCUAGAAAAUGGCUCUGUAGUAACUGGGUCCAACCUUACCGUCCGGGAGCACAUGCACUACCCGCAACAGAAUGGGUACUAUUCACAGAAUCUUAGCACCGCUAUAUCGACCGAGAUGGUCAAUAAGGAUGCCCGAUUAGUAGAGCUGAAACCAGCUGCUUCCGUUAAAGAGUUGGCAACAGUAUCUGCUUUAGUUGUGGCUGGUACCGGUUCCGAACCGGAAGAAGACCUACGGCAAACGAAACAAUCGAGAUCGAACACAUCGACACCCAAGAGUAGCUUCGACGAGAUCAUUCCACUAUCCGAGGGUACGGUGCGGGGUUUUACGGAAAAGGUCGAACCGAACGGGAAGGUUUAUUUUGUGGCACAGGAAGAAGAUACUGGUGAGCGAGAAGCGCGUAAAAUCACACCACCAAGAAAUGGUGAACAUACAGAGCCCGCGUCUUUAACGGACGAGAAGGAAACAUCCAAAGCGAUCGCAUUUUUGGAUCACAUUCUGGACGAUGAAGAUACCCUACCAUCCGGAGAAGAAAACCUCAGCUCGGCAGAAUACAUCGGCAGGACAAAGUGUGACGAUGAUGAGUCACUGGCUAGUCCCGUCUUCCGAGAGCAAUCCGUUAUCGCCGAUAUUCAUCGAGAAGACAAUAGUAUUGCAGAGGAAGAACUGAAGAUACCGGAAAACGAUACGGAAGUGUCACUGGCUGAAGAAGCCACAAGUACCUCCGUUAGUGACCAGCCUCUAGACGAGCAGUCGGUAAACCAAGAUGCCACUAUCAAACCGGGUAAAGAAAUGCAAACUUCUACGAUACCGGUAGAAGACAGUGAAGAAUCUUCAACAGAUUCUGGAAACGAUAAGGCUAAGCUAAAACCACGAGUAAUGUACAUCGCCGGUAUGGGAGAGGCCGGCGAACCCGCUCCGAAACAACUCACCGAGGAAGAACAAGACUUUAUUAACUUCCGUGCCGCAGAAAAAGAACGGUUUAUGAGUCGGCUAAGCACGUUACUUGUUAAUCCAGUGAAAGUACCGCUCAAACGACUACAUCCACCAGAUGAGGUUCAGUUGGAAGAAGAGAGCGACAUUUCUGCCCGUCAGCUGUCCAUAGUAACUCCCCCGGGUGGACCCGGCAUAAUCCGCUCGACAAGUGAACCAAGCUUCGUGCUAUUACUGAACAAGCUCAGCGAUUCUAAUUCUCCGCAGGAAAGUGAAACAGAGGAACCGGAAAGCGAUAGGGCACGAUCGGAGUACAGCAGCGUUGUAAUUCCACCGGCUCCAAAGUUUGACGAAACGCUCUUCAACACAAUCCGCGCUGGGUCAUUUAUUCCCGAUACUCCGAAGAGUCCCAUUCCGCAGGCUCCAAAGUUUGAUCCGGUGCUAUUUAACACGCUUGGAAAGGGAAAGACUCAACGGGCUUCAAUUCUACCCACGGAGUCCACACCAUCAACACCUCUCCCCGCACCCGUAACUUCCUCCGAGGGUCAAAAUUAUGAUGUGGAAUUAAAGAAGCUUAAACCUGUAGCCAGCUCGACCAUAAUUCUUCCCUCCACUCUCAAAUCUGACUCUUCUGGGAAGGAAGCAUCUCGAGAUGAAGGCAUCAGCAGCACCGACACCGAUACGGAAUCUUCAAACCCCCGGGCCGCCUUCAGGUCUCGACUGGAGAAAAUUCUCCAACGGGGACCCUUGGACGCAAUGGGCCGCCCGAAAACGCUGCAACCAACCAUCACGGUAGCGGUGAGUGAGGAAAAUCUGCCACGAACGAUCGGUGAACAGCAGCAACCGGCAUCGAGCACCGAUUCCGGGCUUAGUAUGGCCUCGUCUAGCAAUUCCAUCUCCUCCACCACGCCCGCCUCGACGAAACCGCGCGAUGAAAGCUUUCGCGAUCGGGCCCGGGGUUUCGAUACGGCAAAGAAGAAACAAAAGCUCCUGUUCGACGAUGUGCUCAAGUCGAUCAAUCCCGAAACGCGUCCCAGCAGUAUACGCAAUUCGGUUGAGCAUCGGGUGUCAUUCCGCAACUUCAAGGAUGGUCUACGGAAGACGGUACCACCGAAACAGUUUCUGCCUGAUGCAUAGCGCGAAACGGCACCCGUUUGGCUGUAGAUUUGACACUAGUCCCACCAUUGUUUCACACUCCUAACCUGUCCGCUUUUCUACUUGAUAAUGAAUGCUGCUAACACGCGUCGGAUCACACGAUCGUAGCUGUAGCGUACUCGUAUGCUGUGUCCCUUCUAACACAAUCCGCAACUUAGUACGAAUGGUAGCAUGUAAACCAUUAUAACUCUGAUCAUCCUUAUGGCUGAUGCGAUGGGGAAUGAACAUGUUCCGAUGUAGAUAUUAUAAUUUUGUGUUUACCUUUUUUUUCUUUUACAACGCGGUUGCUACCCGACGUUGAUUAGGUUUAGCACUGUACGCGUUUUAUGGUUUCAAGAACAGCUACAGAGAGGUGUACGCCAGCCAGUUUGGGUGGACUAAACUGAAGUACGUUAAUUAGCCAAAUGGCUCGUAGGAAGCUGAAGAAUUCCUUCAACGGCAUUCCCGGAUGGAACCGUACUGCGAUAGGCUAAGUUUAGGUAACGGUGAUAUUAAAAGCCCACUGUGCGAGCUGUUAUCACAAUGCAUUCUGCAAUUGUGUCUGUCUCACCUCAUUGAACGCCUCCCGAUGCGAUUGAUGAAGAUCAGCAGAUGGUUGUCUUUUGCAGCAUCUGAUGCUGGUCAGAGUCACACCGGUAUCACCACACGCUGAUUAGAAACCACACACACACAUACACACACACACACACCCAUACAGACAGACAGACACAAACGGAUGAUCAGGCUGUUAGAGCUGAGCUUGGCAGCGUACCGUAGUAGCGUUUGUAUUCGUUUUGCCAUAACACAUAUACCUAUCUUAUAAUUCACACGUAAUAUAAGGGCGAUAGUUGGACUUGUGAAGUCCACCAGGACGAGUGUGAAUUCAGGGGGAAAUAUGUUUUUGUUUCAAAUUUGGAUUUUAAUUUAUUCGUUGCGUGUUUACAUCGAGCCAGCUGUUGCGUCGCUGCGUUAGAUGAAUAACAGAUAAAUGUUUAGAUUAGUUUAGACUCAAUUCUACAAAGGAUGGAGUCAACGUAGAACUAUGUACGAGCGGUAAGUGCUCGAGAAACAAACGAAUGCGUACCUUUCGCUCUAGGGUAUACUUCGUACGGUACAGUGAAGUCACCGGAAUGAGCGAACCUGUGUACGGAAAAUAAACGAAUCAUUUCGAUCAGUGCUUUGAUC